ACCGGGCAACUUUCUUUUUCCCUCCUCCCACAUAAACAACUCCUCCGAAACAACAUCUCCAAAAAUUCCUCCCUUCCACCGUCAACAGAUCUCCUAAACUCACCAGAGUCAUACCAGAGGACUCGCUAUAACAAUCUCUUCUAUCUCUACGACUCUUUGACAGGCUCUUGCCGUCUCCAACUCCAUCGUCUCUGUUCGAUACAGAGAGAGUAAAGCUAUAUAGCUCCCUCGCCGUCGCUGUUCGACUACAAAGCAACAAAAUCCACCCCACGACCUCCAACAUGUCUUCCUACACCGACUCUGCUGCCUACCCGACCAUCCCCUCCACCGAGGGCUUGAGUACAGGCACAAACGCCGCCAACACCUUCACCAACGGUGCCUCCGACGCCUCCAACACCACCACAAACCGUUCCUCCAAGAAGAACGACAAAGUAGCCCUCGCUCAGGGUCCCGUCGCCGAAAGCGUCAAAGCCGAAGCAACCAAGACCUCCGCCGAGCUCUCCGCCCUGUCUGCCAAGCGCCAGACGCCCGCUACGCGCACUGCCACCGGCCAGCCCCUAACGCACUACCACUCGUUCUUCGGCUCCCUCUUUAGCUGGGAGAACCCCCGGGCGUCGGCCCUCGCCUACGCCACGACUGUGGUCUUCAUCUUCGCAGCGCGCUACUUGGACCUGCUCCGCUAUGGACUGAAGUUGACGUGGAUGGCGCUUGGUGUUACUGUUGCCGCGGAGGUGGCCGGGCGCGCGCUGUUCAAUGCGGGAUUCACGGCGCAGAUUCGGCCGAGGAAGUAUUAUACCGUUCCCAAGGCGACGUUGGAUUCGAUGACUGGCGACUUGGAUGAGCUGAUCAACUUCUUCGUCAUCGAGUCGCAGCGCCUUCUGUUCGCCGAGAAUGUCUUGGCCUCUGGCGCGGCUCUCUUGUCGGCUUUCAUCUCUUACCACCUCGUUAAGAUCGUGCCUCUCUGGGGCCUCGCUCUCAUCGGAACUUCGGUUCUGUUCCUCGGCCCUCUGGUUUAUACUACCAACAAGGCCCUCAUCGACGGACAAAUCGAGCAGCUCUCCCAGAUUGUCAAUGCCCAGACUACGCAGGUGCGCCAGAUGGCCAGCCAGCAUGCUAGCAACGCCGCUGCUACUACCAAGAUGUACGUCGGUGAUUACUCAGCCAAGGCACAGGAGAUCAUCGGACGCGCGCGCAGCUCGUCGCCUGCGGACAGGAAGUCGGCUGAGCCAGCUGUUACGACCGGUGUCAAUUCGUCUAAGGUCCCAUCUACCUCGUCCUUCUCCCCCGCUGGUACUUCAUCCAAGAAGUCCAAGGUCCCAUCCGCCGAGUCCUUCCCCAAGGUUCCGGAGACUGGCUCCUUCGCCCCCUCGACCACCACAUCUUCCAUCCCAGCCACCACCGACUCAUUCACCCCCUCCACUACCGCUUCAAACACCAUCCCGGCUACCCUGCCAACUUACGCCAUCCCCCCACCCGGCGCGGCACUCAAGACUGAAGGCCUCUCUUCCUCAGCUGCGGACGCGGUGGCGGAUCUGCGCUUUGAUGAUUUCCCGAGUGCGCCGAAGAAGGUGGUUAAUGUUGGGGAGGAUGGGCUGGCGAGGGAGGGCGUGCCGAGUGUUGCUGGUGUGGCGGCGGGGUUGAGGGAGGAGGAGUUGCUUUCUUAGAGAGGUUGUUUGUUUGUGAAGAGUGAAGGGGAAGUGGGGAUGAUGGGGGGGUGUUGUAAGAAGAGAAGGUGUAUGCUUAUAUCUUUGUCCGCGACGACUUUUAACGUUUUUCCUCUCUCUGCCGCGACGAAAAAUUGGAGGAGGAUGGAUGGUUGAUAUUUUUCUUCCAAGGGAACGAACGACGGAACGGGACUUAAUUCACUGCUUGGUGUGUGCGUGCUGGUUGCUGGUUGCUUUUUUUUGUGGCUGCUGUUAGGUGACUAGGUAGCUGGUACCGUGGGAAGGAAGAUUGGGGGAGGUUUCUAGAUUGGGAGGAUAGGGAAUGGAGUCGUUUUAUUUUAUACUUUUGGUCUUUCAAUGUGUA